CUUCCCUAACUCAUUGUCAUAUUUCGUAUCGGGAAAACGAAUGCAAUUGCUUUUUUUUCUAUUCUUUCAAGUAACAUCGGGACUUGUUCUGCUUAUUAUUAUUAUUCAUUAUAUUUAUUACAUAAUAAACGCUUUUGUGGGUGACUUUCGUAUCACAACCGGGCCUCGAAGAACGAACACAACGUUAAUAUCAUCUAUAACACUUAAAAAACCAUCGAGCAGCCCGCUUGUAACUGAAAUAGAAUUACAAAAAAAAGUGCCUGUGUUUUUUUUUAAGUAUUGUAAAAUUUUUUCGAGCGCAGAAGCAAUGCAAACAAAUGAUGAUGCAAAAUUUAUUAAAAAACGCUGGAAAGGUGGCUGUAUUGAACCGCAUCCAACUGAUAAGGCACUAAUAGUCAAUUAUCAGCUCGAGGCCACCGUGUUUGGAGAACCCAACAACCCCAUGAUUGAGGAGAAAAAGCAUUGCCAAAAAAUCAUACGCCUACGUUCGUUGAAUACGAAAACUAAUCCAACUGUGUUGGCUCGGGAAGUGGUAGAUAAAUGUGAACUUAUACAUAAGUCACAGCUGAAUGAAGUGGAGCAAAUUAUAUUCUAUCUAAAAAAUCGUAAAGAUAAUGCUAGCAAUGAUAAUCCACAUUCAAGCAAUCGUAAGUCUUCGACUAUACAGACAUCUUAUAUGCGGUCUUCAGCACGGCCAUAUAACAAUGUGGCGGCCAUAUCAAGUAACACUUUAGGAUUGGGCUCAACUGGUAACACAACAAAAGCCAAAUCAACGGCGGAUGUGACCAUUAACAACAUUGACGAGUAUGUGGAACUGCUCUACGAGGAGCUCAGCGAGCGAGUACGUGGUUCAGCUAUGAUUCUGCAGAUAGCUCGCAAUCCCGAUAAUCUGGAAGAGUUAGAAAAAAAUGAUGCCUGCCUCAGUGCGUUAGCUCGCGUGCUCCGUGAAGAUUGGCGUAAAAGCUUGGAUUUGUCCACAAACAUAAUUUAUAUUUUUUUUUGUUUUUCAACUUACACAAAAUUUCAUCCUCUUAUUGUGCAGUACAAGAUAGGAUCGUUAUGUAUGGAUGUCAUCGACUUUGAGUUGCGUCGUUACGAUACCAUGCGUAAUGAGUUGGAUGUCCGUAAGCAGCCCAGUAGCUCCACUCCAUCAGAGAAUGCCGGUAAAGAUAUGCUGAAUCGUAGUACGGAAGAUUCUUUGGAUAUUAUGAAAGAAGAAAAACCAAUAGACAUGGAACCGCCCCGUCGGAGAAUACCAGAAUUAAAGCAACGCCCAAAGUCAGGUAAUUGGAGUAGCUUUCAUGGAACAAUGUCAUCUUCGCUUAUGAGAAAUCAAAUGCUAAACAACAGUUAUCAUGAGGCGCUGUAUUCUGGAGCUAAUUCAAAUGCAAAUGCAUUAGAAAGCGUUUAUCCGAUUGAGGUAAAAGCGCAAAGCAUCGAUUCAUUAGAUCAAAACGAUCCUAAAAUGAAAAAAGAGGAAAUUGAUCGACUUAACAAACAACUUAAAAUAUUUGCCAAGAAACAGGAACAGUUACUUCGUGUUGCAUUUUAUCUGUUGCUUAACAUGGCCGAGAAUGUAAAGCUUGAGGAAAAAAUGAGACGAAAGAACAUUGUUAGGAUGCUUGUAAAGGCACUUGACCGACAGAACAUAGACUUGCUUAUGUUGAUCAGCACGUUUCUUAAAAAGCUUUCUAUUGUUGACGAAAACAAGGAUGAGAUGCUCGUCUUAAACGUAGUCCAGAAACUACCACGGUUAUUUCAAAAUCCGCAUACAGAUUUGGUACAAGUCACUCUCAAACUAGUAUUCAAUUUAUCGUUUGAUGCGACUCUGCGCCUUAAAAUGGUUGCAGCUGGCUAUCUACCUAUGCUAGUUAUGCUUAUCAAUGACGAAAAGCAUCACGGCGUUGCAGUUAAGAUACUCUAUCAUAUGAGCCUUGACGAUAGGGUCAAGUCUAUGUUUAUGCAUACGGAGUGCGUACAAAUGGCCACAGAUGCUAUAAUAUUGAAUCUUAAUGUUAAAGUUGAUCUGGAUCUUAUAGCUCUUUGUAUAAAUUUGUCAUUAAACCGACGCAAUGCACAAAUUAUGGUUGAAGGUCGACGUCUGCACAGUCUAAUGGAUCGAGCUUUCAAGUACCAGGAUGCCCUGUUGAUGAAACUAUUACGCAAUCUUUCACAACAUGAAUCGCUGCAAAUACAAUACAUAGACUAUGUAGGGGAUCUUGCGCGUAUACUGACGAUUUGUGAAGAUGAAUCUUUUAUUGUUGAGUGUUUAGGUUUAUUAGGAAACUUAGCACUAACUGAUCUAGAUUAUUCGCAAAUACUGCAGAAUUUUCAGCUAAUAUCUUGGAUACGGAAAGUGCUUGUACCCUGCGCAAGACUUGACGAUAUUGUUCUUGAUACUAUAGUUUAUCUUGGAACAUGUGCAUGUGAUGAGCUUUGUGCGCUCCUUUUCUGUCGCGCAAAGGUCGUGAUUUCACUAAUUGAGCUAUUAAAGGCCAAGCAAGAGGAUGAUGAGAUUGUCCUACAAAUCAUUUUUGUGUUCCAGCAGAUAUUGCGACACGAAAGCACACGGGAGUAUAUGAUUAAGGAAACUGAGUCGCCUGCCUAUCUUAUUGAUCUUAUGCAUGACAAAAAUGAAGAAAUUAGAAAAGUGUGUGAUUAUUGUCUAGAUAUAAUUGCGAUUAGCGACAGCGAGUGGGCCAGGCGUAUUAAACUAGAAAAGUUUCGAAAUCAUAACUCCCAAUGGCUGUGUAUGGUAGAGUCACAGCAGGAACGCGAUAGUGAGCAAGACUACACAGAUAAUAAUGAUAAUGACGUAAACACGUUUAUACGAUCCGAGUACUUAGACAAUUGCGAUCUAUAUAAUAUAAACGAUCACGAUAUCGACAGUAACAGCAACAAUAGUAACCCGUUAGAAAGUUCCGUGAAUUCCACUUAUAGUAGGCCUGUAAGUACAUUUCGUCGUAGCCAAGAUCUUGAUGAAAUGUACAACAUGCCAUCUAGCUCCAAAUCUCAAUGUUCCAGUCAGGGUUGCAAUGAUAGCAUUUAUAUCAUUAAGUCAAAUAUGUCAUCACACGCUGACGCCCUACAUGAUAAGCUAUUAUAGUCAGAAAUAACAUGACUUUAUUUACAGCGCCGAGUUUGACAACAUUGUCAUUAAAAAAUAUUGCGAUUUAAUUUUAGAGCAUUCAUAUGCAUAAGUUAUCUUAUAUGUGUAUUCUUAACCUAUUUAUUGUAAUACAUAUAAACUAUCUACUUUCUU